UAAGAACGAUGUUUCAAGGAUUAUGGGCAUGUUAGUGGCUACAUUUUACAGUUACUUACUGUAUAUGUCAUUAUACCAGCCUAUUAUAGAGCUAUUAAAAGCUGUUACUGUAAAAUGUGCUGAUAAUAACACAGGUGGUACAAUGCAAAGCCACUUGUGGUCAAUAAUAACAGAGUUUUACACACACAAACACACAACAUGAUUAAAUCAUGUUAUUAACUAAUCAACAUACAUAAUUACAAAAAUCUUUUGGGAAUGUCCCUAUCGGCAAAAUUAAAUUAUGAGACCAUUCAUACUUUAAAUUAUACUUUAUACUUUCAUACAUAAAAAAAAAAAAAUGUACAUUUUUAAACUGUAUUGUACUUUGAUGGUAGGCUAGCAUAGGCUAUGCUUACAGUUUUCUUCAUAUAUUAUGAAGUACAUCAAACUUUUGCAAUAUAUUGUCUUUAACAUUUUUAUUUUAUACCAUGUGAUUAAGUAACUUACAGUUAACCAGGUUUUUUACUGUAGCAUUUACAUUCUUCUGUUAAAAUGACUUUCAUGUUUACAGUAAGAAAUGACCAAAAAAAAAAAAUGGAGAAAAUUUACAGAAGGAAUCAUCUUCCAGUCACCUUCUAAUAUCUGUUUGUUGUCGAAAUAAUUAGUUUCUUCUGAAAGACCUGUUUGAAGACUAAUAAUUCUGCAGUAUGGUGAGAACAACAGACAACAAGUGACAGAAUGGUGAACGAACGGGGAAACAAUCUGUUGAGAGGACAGCCAUCAAACGCAGAGACGCUGAUGAGACUAACAGCAGCUAGCUCAAAAAAUCAGCUGGUUUAAAAGCUUACACAGAUCAAACCAAGAACAGUCUCUGAGUGAUGAUGAGAAACAACAAGACAGUCUUCAGCAAGCUCUUAAGAGGGAAGUGAAGGAAAAGGCCAGAAAAAUACAUAACAAAGACACCUCAGACACAACUAGCUCCUCUUUUCACCAGCUCAUGUGAUCAGUUAACUUGCACUUCUCAUCCUUUUGUUGGCGAAACUCAAAACACAAAGAAGAAAGCAAUGAAUGUAUUGAUGAAUUAAUUGAACUGAGUUAAGUUACAAAAAGGCCUUUCUUCAUGGUGAGUUUUAAAACUGGAAUUUUUCAGAACAAUUAAUCAUAUAAGCACAUCAGUGACAUUCAGUUAAUAAAUACCUGUAGCAUGUGCAACCUGAUAUUAUUGACUUCACUGUAAAAAAAUCAAAAGUUGAGAGAACUUAAAAGUUUAAGGCAACAAACUUCAGAAGGUUUUUGAGUUUUCUCAACUUGUUGUAUUCAGUUUAUACAACAAAAAGUUGAGAAAACUCAAAAAUCUCCUACAAAAACAAGUUUUCUCAACUUUUGAUUUUUUACAGUGUUCUUUAGAUCAAGCAAUACCAAUGAAACCUGUUUUGCAUGUCAGUCAACUGAAAACACCUUAUAAACCCAGUGGUAUAUUGUCUCUCUAUAAUCAGCAAUGGAAACAGGUUACAAAGAUCAUGAGUAAUUAUCUGCACCUUGUGUUUUAUGUAAGAUAAGAAAUCUUUAAUAGCAGAAUGAUUAUGCUCCAGGGAUGCAACUGUUCUAUUAUGUUUAUUUAUAUUCAAAACAUGCUAGAAACUUAGGCUAUUUUAUAUAAAAUAUUAUCCUGGGACCAAAAUACUUACAACAGCAUUAUACAAGUGUCACGUAGGCCCUAUCGAUUAACUUAAAAAAAAAAAAAAAAAAAAAAAAAAAAAACCAUAACAAUCUUAAAGAGUCUUUUAUUGUCGAAUAAGAAUAUACGUACAUUUAAAGCCAUAGCUCCCUCUGCUGCUAACAACUAGUAUUACACACACACACACACACACACACACACACACACAAACACAAAUCGUGGACGUGAUUCGAAAAGGUUAAAUGCUAUUAAAAUGAAUCGGAAAUUUAAUUAAAAAAAAAAAAAAAAAAACACGAAAAUACCGAGAAUUUUUGAGGGGUAGCCUACAAACAAACUGCAAAACAAUCUACAAAAAAAAAAAAAAAAAAAAAAAAAACAGCAACAAGUUAACUAAAAAAUAAUAAGGAAUGUAGGCCUAUGUAGUAUCGUAUUAAUUAAUUGUAUGGAUUAAUUAAUUCUAUUAUGUUGUAAAAAUUUUAAAUAUUACAAUAUAAAUAUAACAAAUAACAACAUAAAUUUUACUUAAAUUACCACAAAAUACAAACUAUUAAAUAAAAAUAUUAUUGAAAAAAUAGGAAUUUAUUAUAUUGAUUUUGCUAUAAAAAAAAAAAAAAGUUACAUCAGUGUCAACUGUUAUACUCUGUGGUGUGAAAGAUACGCGCGCUACUGGAAACAUGUGGUAGUGCAGUUGCCUUUAUUGGUGGUUGCUAGGAAACGGUCAACACAAACGCGUCAGAGGCGGAAGACGAUAAAACAUCAGAGGAAAUUCAGCAAACAUGUCUAAAAAAGCAGGGAGGAAAGGAGGUGGAAAACAUGCUGGGAUGACAGAGGAGGAGAGACUUCUGUACAUGCAGCACAAGGCUCAAGCUGAGGAGGAGAUUGCCAAGAGAAAAGAGGACAUGCUCACCCAGUUCCUCAAGGAUAAACUGCAGAAAGAGGAGAGGAACACCAUUCUGAAUCUCCACAAGCUGCGGCAGCAGUGGCGUGCUGUUUUAACACAGACCAAGACAGCAGAGCUACGCAAUGACAUGUCAGUGCUCAGCCAGAGCUUUGAGAGAGUCCUCGACUACAAAGACAACAUCAUUAAGAGUUUGGUGGUUGAUCUAUCUGAGAGGGAGCAACAGUCAGAGCUGGCGCGCAGUUCUCAUCUGCAGAACGUGGACUGUCUGUUAGAGCUUCAUAGGAGUCGGCUGGCAGAACUAGAGUUCAACUUCAACACCAGUCUUGAAGAACUUAGCUCAGAGUAUAAUACUGAGAGGGAGCAAAUUCUUUCACAGCACCAGAAGGAGAGUAUGAAUUUGGAGAAUGUGAUGUUUUCCAUGGAAAAGCACUACGCUGAUCUUGACAAUGAGGCUAGACGUGACUACGAGAGCACUGGCAAUCAAAUUACAAAACAGAACAAAGAGGAAAAGCAAAUAGUGAAAGAUCAGAUGGAAGGGGUGUUGGAAAAACUGUGGCGAGACAUGCAGGUGGUUUUACACGAAUAUAAUGAGUCCACCAAAGACAAAAUCAUCGCAGCUGACUCUCUGCAUGUCAAGGAUAAACAAAGUGCUAAAGAGAUUGACGCACAUAAAAAGCACAUUCAGAAGUUGCAGGAGUCCAUCUCUGCUCUGCGCUGUCAGCUGAGCUCUAGUCAAACCGGAGAAAGAGUUCAGCAGCUUCGUUCAGACCGUGAUGAGCUCGCCCAGGAAGUUCAACAUCUCAGAGUCCAGCUCGGUGCGGCCCAAACGAUUCGGAGAAAGCAGCUCACUAAACUUACCAUUCAAAGCAGCAAUUCUGCUAAGAAACUACAGGAGACUGUAGCACUGGGGGAAAGGUUGGUGCGUCUCUCUGAGGUGUGUAGUAAGAUGGAGACGGAGCACGAGAAGGUUCUGCCCUUCUACAAAUCAUCACUGAGUGAAGAAGAGCUGAAUCAGGAGAGAGCCAAUGCCAUGGAGUCACCGACUGAGAAACUCGCUCAGCUAAUACAUGAAUAUUCUCCUCUUGGAAAGUUCUGGCAACGUUACAACAAGGUUCAGCUUGACCGUUUGUGUCUGAAGCGAGAGAAAAUGCUUAUGUUACAGGAGAAUGAACGACUGAGGAUCUAUCUGAAGCAGUACCUGGAUGAAGUUUCGGUUCCUGAUGAGAGUUUUCAGCAAAAAAAGCUUCUGGUGGUGUCGUCUCCAACUCUACAGGCCACCGCUGCCACUGAGAGACGCGAUCAAAAGCGCUAUGUGGUCCAAGAAGCAGCAAAUAUUGUGCAGAAACAGCUUUAAGGAAUAGAUGUGAAACGUGUAAUGCAGUGUGUUUCUGGAAGCAAUUAAAAUAUUUUAUGCCUGGCAGUCUUGCAGUCUGUUUAUUGCAAUGAUCUCAAUAUAUUUUAUAUUAAAUUUAUGAUUUUAGCAGACACUUUCCUCACAGUAUUUUCUUACAACUCUAUGUCAAUAACAUAGAUGUGACGGUUCUAGAGCAAAAAGUUCAUUGCCUCAAGAUGGCGCCAAAUCAUUGAAGAUUAUCAAGCAAUGAACAACAAAAGAAGUAUGGAUUUUGUGCCCUGAAAAUCCAUGGUAUGAUUUGCUGUAACACAAUCUACUACUAAGGGUUUGUCUGCACUUUUCAAUCUGUUUAUGUCAUCUUUUUACUUGUACUCACAUUGACAAAGAUACUAAUCACAAAUUUGCCUGAGAUUUGAAACAUCUACCUUUGUUGUGGCAGUGUAGGCGAACCAAACAUUCUCUCAACAAGCAUCCUCUUUAUACACCAGGAAAACAGGUUGAUGCAUAUUAAAAUGUAAGGUGAAGUUGAUUGCAAUGUGAUGCAAGACUUUACUGAAUCUUCUGGCCAAAGAAACACCUCACAAAACUUAUUUUACACUGAAAAAUAUAAAAAAUAAAGGCAUCAUAAUUAGGAUUUUUGCUUUAUCUCAAAUGGUCUUCUGUUAUUUAUUUAGUCAACUUGGAUUUGUUCAUCAUUAAUGCAAAAUUGUUGUAUUAAAAAGACUUCAGUAAGAAACAAAUCCUCAACACAACACAUAAACCUCAAAAUGAACUGUAUUAAUGUCGCAAUGCAUGCUGGGAACACAAACUCCUUAACAAAACAGCAAUAUUGUUAAAUAUACAAGGCUUAGCACAGUAUAUCCUUUCCAAACAGUUGAAGACAGUGCCUAAAGAUCUGCUGAAUCUUGAAAAUCUCCUAACCUUUUGUCUUUGACCUUUAACCCUUCUCCUCCACUGCUUGCUGAUAAUGCUGGACUGAUCACCUGGAGGAAAACAUUCUUUCCAGAGCAGAGAAAGUCUUUACGUUUGGAGAAGCAGUAUGCGAGUGCUGAACUCUAUCAGUGUCUUGAUUGAAUUUUGGCCAACAGAAAGACCUUUCACCUGGAAAACAUGUAGUAUUACAGAUGGUUAUCUUGAUCAUUUUAAAACUUUUUAUCCAAAGCGACUUGAAUUGCAUCCAAGGUAAACAUUUUUAUCAGUUCAUGCAUUCACUGAGAUUGAUGUAUGUCGAUUAAUUAGAGACGCACACUACAAUGUACUACCCAGCUAACAAAAAUAUAUUCUAAGAUUAUUUUGCUAACAUUCCCAUUAAGUUAUGAAAACAUUAUU